UAACUCCGCCCCUUCUUGGGGGCUCCUGGUGCGAAGAGCCUGCCAUCUGGCGGCGAUCGCUGGCAGCGCGCAGGGUGUGGAGAGAGGUUAGUCAGUGCGAGAGUGCUUCGCUGUUAACCACGAGCUUGUGAUGGCGGGCCCGUGCUGUGGGUAGAACUGGGCCACGGUGUCUUGUGGCGUGUGUUUAGGAAUGUUACUGGGGACAAUGCAAGAGAAUGGGCCGGGCGCUGCGAUGCUCCUUGUACCCACAGUGAAGACGAGAGCUACGGACUUCUCGAUAGCAGCGAUUAUGGCUCGCGGGCCGCGUGCUGAGAGGCGAAGUACCUGCGUCCCUACAUCGGCGACGUCAGCUCAGCACACCGUCGGUUUGCCAACGCUGGAGAGACUGUCACAGUCAGCUGGCCGCAGGCACGAGGCAGCUCGCGACGCCGAAAUGGAUGACGAGGACAGCAAGUUAGGCCGUCGGGUUAGAGGUGGACGCCUCGAGUGCGUGGACGAAGUUGAAAUGAUCCAUACCUCGGACACGGAUGAUCACCCGGCAGUGGACGAUGAUGACGAAGACAUUGAGGUAGACGUCGAGGAAUGUUCGGACAGUGAGACGAUGCAGCAACACGAUCAAAGGCUGGGAGCCGGAAAACUGCUGAAGCCGGCCACCUCGGAGUCAGGUUCGGAGCAAGGUGACGAGAGGGACGGGGACUCCCCAGAUCCGGCAGACGAGAAGGCGGGAGCAGCUGCCAAGGUGAAAAUCCGCUGUAACUGCGAGGAGCUUCUGCAGGCUGAGUGCCACCUCGAGACCAAGGACUUGUGGGACAAGUUCCACGACCUGGGGACGGAGAUGAUCAUCACGAAAACGGGCAGGCGGAUGUUCCCCACUUGUCGCGUCUCCUUCACUGGGAUUCGGCCCGACCAGAGAUACGCUGUGUUGAUGGACAUUGUUCCGGUGGACAACAAAAGGUAUCGAUACGCAUAUCACCGGUCUUCAUGGCUCGUGGCCGGUAAGGCGGAUCCCCCCGCCCCCUGUCGCCUUUACAUGCACCCGGAUUCGCCCUUUACUGGAGAGCAGCUGAGGAAGCAAGUCGUCUCCUUCGAGAAAGUCAAACUUACCAACAACGAGAUGGACAAGAACGGGCAGAUCGUGUUGAAUUCCAUGCACCGCUACCAACCUCGAAUCCAUCUCAUCAAGUGGAGGGAACAUGGAGGUCCCAUCACCGACCUUGAGGCUGAGGAGUAUCGCACGUAUAUAUUUCCAGAGUCCGUCUUCACAGCAGUGACGGCGUACCAGAAUCAGCUGAUUACGAAGCUGAAAAUCGACAGCAAUCCUUUUGCAAAGGGCUUCAGAGACUCUUCCCGUCUGACAGACUUUGACCGGGACCCGAUGGACGCCAUGUUUAUGGAGCAACACUUCCUGCGGUCUCCGCUGCGACUCUACUCCGAGUUGGACGCGGAGAACAACAACAGCCUCUUCUCCGCCGCCAUGAUGGAGAAGGCACGAGCCCACCUACAGAUGUGGGGUCGAACGGGAGGACCGUCCUACUCGCCCGCCGAACUGCACACCCUUCUGAUGAACGGCGCUGGUCCACCCGUGGGGCCACCGCAGAUGUAUGCUUUGAGUAGUCCUAGUCGCGGUGGGCCACCCCCGUGCCAACUCCCCAUGCCUCUUCCUGCUCACCUGUGGACAAGCGGCGGUGGAGGACAGACGUCAUCGCCGUGGUCUUCGCCAGCAUCGAUGCACGCCAGUUUGCCACCGGGACUUCUCGGACCGCCUCCCCCUCCCCCUCCCAACGCUCACUCGCACCCUCAGUUGACACCGCCGCCGACAGCGACCUCUUCUUCUAGUUCCUCUGGGUCACCGUCUCCAUCCUCGUCGUCGUCACCCGCGGAGCUCCGGCUACCGAGGCCGAUCUUCCCAGGGAUGAGCGGGCUGCAACAGCGAUACAGUCCGUACCACCUAGUCUCCAAGCAACUGUCGCCCCCUGCGGCUGCAGAAACCAGGAACUGAACUCCCCCAGUGCUGAGGUGUGUUCUGAUGUCCCAGUCACAAGUAUGAUUUUCAGAUAUGACGAACACAUUUUAAUGUGUUUCGUCUUCCCAAGUAAAGGAAUGGCCCGAUGGAUAUUCUGAUUUGUAAGAAGUACAAAUAGAGAGAUGAAACAUUUGUUACAUCGUAAAAUGGUUACACAGUUCUCGGACCUUGCUGUUUCAUCAGCGGAAUUCUGUAGAUUAUAGUUCGAUGCCUAUCACGUCGCCUUCUUGGAGAGUAGAGAUCUCUGUCGUGCAAGAAUUUUUAAAGUAACAAUGUUUUUCCAUCUCACAUUAAAAUGGAACAAUUUAUUACGUUGAUAGCCUACCAGUAUUGAGACUGAGGAAAACAGUGGUCUGUAGCAUGUAGUGUGUACCAGAAAAUGAUCUGGUAUGAAAUUAAUCUUCCUGUAGCUAGUGCGCAUUUUAAUUACAUUUGAAUGGCCAAAGAGACUGAUAAUUUAAGCAACAGAUUUAAAGUGAUGACAUUCGUUUUGAGCAUGCGCAGUGUUAGUCCGUAUCAGGAGUCUAGCGUCCGGGACCUAUCUCUGUCUCACCAGGGUACAUUACAGAUCCUCGACUAUUCCAUGACGGAGCAGACAGAGACGAAUUUACGUGGCUGAAUAUUCUAUCACUUUUAGUCGCCGUGAAAGAUUCGAGUCUAAUAUAGGUUCUAAAAAUCUAAAGUUCCAAGUAAAAUCAAUUGCGCAAACUGAAUAUUAAACCAAAGAUAUGAAUGUACAUUACAUACUGCUGGCUGAUGUAGAUGUUUGUAUGCGUAGUCAGAUGUGUACCUUUUGUAGAUGGUACCCAAGGAUGGAUCUGUUUAGAAGGUAAAUAUUUAUUCUAAGAUCUUUUAGUAAAAUGAACUCAAUAAAGAUGAGUUAUGAUAACUUCACAUUUUUACACCAUUUUCUCCUUCCUUUUUUCGACAAUUAAAAAAUCAGAACUUGAAAUCAAAACGUUGAUAAUAUGAACGUAUAUGGAUUGAAAUUGAAAUUGAUAACCCUACAACAACAUUAAAGUCUAUUGGCCACCAAUGAUACUGACGUUACAGAUAUCCAGAUUUUAACCUACAAUGUAACUCAUGCAUAUUUAUACGAAAAGAAUAUGUUAAAAUGUAAACUUUCCUUCUUAAAUCUGAGGGUCUGCACUACAGAAGAAAUUAACACCAGAUAUUUACAUGGAACGUAAAAUUGUAUAUUCUAUGGUAAAUAUGCUUUAUUCUUAUUUAAUAUUAUCUGUUAAUACAUUAUACUUACAGACUUUUGGGUCAAAUGUAAAUUUAUUUAUAACAGUUGUACGUCAGUUAUGAUAAUGAUGGGAAAUUGUACAUUGAAUUUUUCUCGGGCUACCAGAAAUGCCAGGUGGUUUAAUUGAGAAAUAGUGUUUUCUCCAUUAUACCACCCGACACGGCUAGUAGCACGAGAAUAAUUUAUUAUACUUAAUCGCCGCGAAAACUUCAGAUCAUAAAUGAGAAACUGGUUUCAAUCUUACAAAAAUAUAUCUGCGUAUUGUUUAAACACAUUAGUUAUAUUGUGGCAAAUAUGGACAAAACAGUAAUAGUCUCCAAUUUACGCUGUUUAUAUACUGCAGUAUCAGGUAUCUGAAUUUUGAAUCAUUUGACAUAUCAAAGCAUUGUUACUGUAUCUUAAAAACAUCUUAAAGACCUUAAAAUUUACAAAGUAAUUCCAAAACUAUGGUUGUAUGAAACGUUAUUCAAUUUAAUUUAGCAUUUUUUGUCUUUAGACACAAUAAUUAAGGUAUUUUAAAAAUUUAUAAUUUUAUUCCACGAAUAAUAUUGUUUUCAAUUUCGUAUAUUUCAGAAUACAUAAAAUACAUCAGUGUUGAUUUUGGAUCUCUUGCUAAUCUAAUCUUAAUUAACAGUUCUAAUUAUUCUUUAUCACUCUGACAUAAGCAAGUUACGAUUAAAUCUAUUGCAGUUAAAUUAAGCGCUAAAUUAUUAUAACUUAAUAAUAUGUAUUUAGGUUGCUGUGUUCCACAGAAAAUAUUGCCUUCAUUAUGCAUGCUUACGGUGUCCAUAGUCAUGUUUCGGAGACCCUAAAAAUAUGCCCCUAAAAUAUUUCGGUAAAACAGAAUUAAAAUUCGUAAAGUUUGAAAACAUAUUAUUAUAUAAUCAGUACAGAAAGUUUAAUUUAAUAUGUAUACAUAUAUAGGCCAGACUUAUAAAAUCAAACCUCUAAAUACUUGAUUGCAAAUAUUUUGUAAGGGAGAAAGGGAUAUAUUAGUGAUUCAAAUGAGACAAAUAACGUCGUAUUUUAGAACCUCACUUAUUUAUUGAAGUCCAACAGAAUGUCGCUUUAAUUUUUUACAGACUGUUUACAGAAGUUUCUGAAAAUGUGCUUCGUUAUUAUGAAUGGAUACUGAAUCCUAUAACGCCAAGAAUUAAUGGUACAUUGAAAAAUUCCAGGUGUGUGUUGUAUUGUCCCGGAAACUACAGUCAAACGCCA